AUGGGAGAGUCAUUACAGGCAGCCAAGCCAAACUACUGCUCCUUUACUGCCCUGACUGCAGUAGACGACUUUGCGGAAGAGGAGGAAGUGCAGUCCUUUGGUUAUAAGAGGUUUGGUAUUCAGGAAGGGACACAAUGCACCAAGUGUAAAAGUAACUGGGCCUUGAAGUUUUCCAUCAUACUCUUGUAUAUAUUAUGUGCCUUGCUGACAAUAACAGUAGCCAUUCUGGGAUACAAAGUUGUAGAAAAAAUGGACAAUGCUGCUGGUGGCGUGAACACAUCACACAGCCUAUACAACGAGAAACUUUCAAAAGUGGAAAGUCGCCUGAAGAACCUGGGUAAUGAAACAGAUGAGAAAGCCCAGAACAUCAAUACAGAACUUUCGAACUUCAGAGCUGAUAUCCUGGCCCUGCAUCAGCAACUUCAUGAGAUUUCAGAGAAAACUGCAAAGAACAAAGAUACACUGGAAAAGUUACAGGAGUCUGGAAGCGUGUUAGAUAACAGGCAGACCCAAAUGAAAGGUGUUUUGGAUAGCAACUCCUUCAUGAUCCUCAAUGUCAACAAAACUCUCCAGGUCUACAAUGGCUACAUCAGUGAGCUCCAGCAAGACAAGAAUAACAUUCAGACAAAUUUGCAAAGCCAAGUACAUUCACAUAGUGUAGUCAUCAUGAAUCUAAACAACCUGAACCAGACCCAGGUCCAGCAAAGAGACCUCAUCAGUGCUUUGCAGAGAUCUGUGGAUGAUACAAGUCAAGCUAUCCAAAGAAUCAAAAGUGACUUUCAAAAUCUUCAGCAGGUCGCCCUCCAAGCACGGAAGGACACUGACUGGCUUAAAGAGAAAGUACAGAACUUGCAGAUGUUAGCAGCCAACAACUCGGCCUUGGCCAAAGCUAAUAAUGACACACUUGAGGAUAUGAGCAGUCAGCUUAGCUCAUUUAGUGGGCAGAUGGACAACAUCACUACUAUUGCACAAGCCAAUGAUCAAACUCUGAAGGAUCUCCAGGAGCACCAUAAAAAGUAUGAAAAUGGAACAGCCGCCAAGUUUAUCCAGCAAGAAGAGCGAUUUCAGAACUUUGAGAUGGAUAUAGUCAACAUCAUUAGCAAUAUCAGUUAUACUGCCCAUCAUCUGAGGACAUUAACUAGCAACCUCAAUGAGGUCAGGACAACAUGCACAGAAACUCUUAGUAAACACACAGAUGAGCUGACUUUUAUGAACAACACAUUAGCAGAUAUUCGCCUGGAUGCUACUAGCCUCAAGAUGCAGCAGGAUGUGAUGAGGACAAGAUUAGAUACAGAGGUAGCCAAUUUAUCGAUAAUUAUGGAAGAAAUGAAGCUAGUAGAUUCCAAGCAUGGCCAGCUCAUUAAAAACUUCACCAUCUUGCAAGGCCCUCCAGGUCCAAGAGGUCCCAAGGGUGACAGAGGACUCAUCGGUCCUAUGGGACUUCCUGGAUCCAAAGGACAAAAAGGAGAGAAAGGUGAGCCAGGACCACCUGGUCAGCAAGGUGAAAAAGGACCAACUGGACCAAUUGGACCACCAGGUGAAAAAGGUGGGAAAGGUUCCAGAGGUUUUCCUGGAUCCAAAGGCCAAAGAGGUUCACCUGGGAAGACUGGUCUGCCAGGACCUAGUGGAGAUCCAGGACCACCUGGAAUAGCUGGAAAAGAUGGCCCACCAGGCCCUCCUGGUCCACCUGGACCCCCCGGGCUUCAAGGAACUGUUGGUGAACCAGGAGUACAUGGUCUUCGAGGGUUACCUGGCCUACCUGGAAUGCGUGGUUUACCAGGACCACCUGGACCACCAGGUCCAGGAAUGCCUAUGGCACUUCAAAGUGUGACAACAUCAACUCCUGAAGCUAAUGGUUGUCCUGUUUACUGGAAGAAUUUUACCGGCAACUGUUAUUACUUUUCAUCAGAAAGAGACAUUUUUGAAGGUGCAAAACAUUCCUGUGAAGAAACAUCCUCACAUUUGGUUUUCAUAAACAGCAAAGAUGAACAGCAAUGGCUAAAAAAACAGAUAGCUGGAAAAGGCAGCUUCUGGAUUGGCCUCACAGAUUCAGAGAGGGAAAAUGAAUGGCAAUGGCUGGAUGGAACUUCACCAGGAUAUACAAACUGGAAGGCUGGGCAGCCGGAUAACUGGAACCAUGGGCAUGGACCAGGCGAAGAUUGUGCUGGGUUGAUCCAUGCUGGGCUGUGGAAUGACUUUCACUGUGAAGAUGUAAACAGUUUUAUUUGUGAAAAAGAGGUGGACAAAGGUAAGCCAGUCCGAUUGUAACAGGCUGUAAACUUCAAGAUGAAAAUGACUAUUUCUUUAAAGACAAAAAAAAAUCCUCUGGGAGUGAAUCAUCACCUAACCAAAAGAGGGAGCACUGAGAACUGGUUUUGAUGAGCAAAAAAGUCAUCUGCAUGAAGUGUCCUCAUCUUCUGAUUUUUCAGGGGCUUUAUAACCUGUUGCACAAAAGCAUUUAUUGGAAAUGCAAUUGGACUGAACCAGCUAUCAAUCCUCUUCAACCUUAAAUAGCACAGAUACAAGAAAGGUGUUCUGGUCAGAAAUGGACGAUGCCAAGCUGACUACGAAUCAUGACUUUUCCACCGUAGUAAAACAAUAUGAAGCUACUGCAUACACACAACAUCCACUUCAUAAAAUCCCAGUAUAGGCAAAUUAUAUAAAUAUACAUUUAUAAAUAUAUAUAAAUUUUAUAUAUAAAUAUAUAUAGUCCAAGUCUGAUCAGUAAUAUAGAAUAUACUUUUAAAAGCUUUUAAAUUUUUGUAUUUUUAUACAAAAUCUUUGCCUAUUACAUUGGU